CCCACCCCAUCUCUACUUCUCAACCCACAACACCCUCAAUUCUCUCUUAUCUGUUCUAUCUUUGGCUUGAUUUGCUUCUCUUGCAAACAUUUUGUUAGCUGAAAAAAUAACGUCAUCAAAAGUUCAAAACACGCACAUUUGAUUCAAUUAAAAUGGCAGGGAGAGAGCCUUUUAACGUGACAGCCAGAGCACCGGAGAUGACGACGGUACAGAGGUCGCCGUGGCAUUCCCCGGUGCCCUACUUGUUCGGUGGGCUGGCAGCCAUGUUGGGUUUAAUUGCGUUUGCGCUUCUGAUCUUAGCAUGCUCCUACUGGAGGCUCUCCGGCUACCUCGAAAACCAUGAAAACGGAUCAGAGCGGGACCUGGAAGCCGGAGAAGGCGGCGAGUCCGCCCAGAAAGUCCCGCCGGUAUUCGAAGAGAAAAUCUUGGUGAUCAUGGCCGGAGACGCUAAGCCAACUUUCUUGGCCACACCCACGUCAAGUAGGUCUUCAUCUUUUGGCGACAAUACUAACAACACUUGUAGCUGUAGCCAAAAGACUGAAAAGUGGGUGAACGUGAGUGAGACGACUGCUGACAACAAGCAAGGAAGUAGUGAUGGAAGUGAUCAGCAUCAGGUACAAGUUACUGAUGAGAACAGGGAGAGUAUGCAUGAGGCCUCAGAUCACUCGAAUCAGAGAAAACCAUUUAUAUAUGAGAAAAAGAAGAAGAUGGAGAUGGAUGCGUGUGGAACUUUGUAUUGGGUGCAGAGAAGAAGAUGAAUUAAGGGGUACGUGGUGGGCUGAAACGGUGGAGAAAGGCACGUGUAGGUAGGUCUCUUUAAGGAGAGAUUUUAAUGUCUCCGAAACACAGAGUAGUAAGCCAUAUGUUAUUAUAUGUUAUUAUAUAAGUGAAAAAAGUUUUUCUUUUCAGUGCUACAUGUCCGAAUAGUUUUAGGAUUUAGGAUAAUUUAUUCUUUUAAGUAUUAUUAAUAUAUACACAUUAUAGUGUUGAUGAGUGGAAUUCAGUGCAAUGCGCAUUAGUUCAGCAUUCUUUGUGUUUGUGUUUGAAGGUAUCACUACCAAAAUAUUGAAUAAUAGGGGCGGACAAUCAGAGGCGGAACAAGUUUUGAUUUUCAAUGUGAUCAAAAUACAGAGCGGCACGUUCAAUCGCUAUUAUUUAGGAGAAUAAAAAUAAGGGUGAAAUUAAAUGCCAUUAAUCCUUCAAAGUAAUUAGUGUACUAUUAUAUAGCUGUACAUUUUAGUAUUUGGAAAAUAUGCAGAUACAACAUUUGGGUGGUGACAUUGGAGUUGUGUGGUGGAUAUUGUUUAUAUGAAUAUCGAAAAUGAUAUUGGCAAUCAA